GCAUCCUUGCACCUCGAGGACAGUGAGGAUGAGGAUGAGGCUGCCAGCAACAAGUCAAAGAAGCCCCGAAAGGCCACAAACCUUUCGAGUGCUCGUGCAAGCUUGUUUGAUCAGGUGUCCAAGCAGAUGACGGCAAAGAUUGCUUCCAUACAGGCCCGGGUGCAGGAUGCCAAGAAAGCCCAGACUGAUGAGGCGGCUGCCACCAAGCCAUCCAACUCAACAGAUGUUGCCACUCGCAAGCUCUACAACGAUGCCUUGGAAGCGUGCUUGCUUUUGGUGCAAGGCUGGGCGGACAAGACCGUCUUGGUUGCUGCAGCAGAGAAGCACAAUGACAUGUUGAAGGCAAAGGCCGAGGACGGCAAGGAGCCUGAGUUGGUGGACGUGACCGUCGAGGACACCGUUGCCGAGCAAAGUCCUUGUCUUCGUUUGGCCAUCGCAGCUGCAGGUACCAGCAUCAAUGUGGAGCGGGGCACCUUCCUCCGGACCCAGGCCUGCAUGCAACACUUUGCGGAGUCCAUCCCUGCCACAGCUGUGGAUGCAGAUCAGCUGGACAAGCAACGUCUGAUUUGGCGUCGCGUGUUCAACUGUGUGACCCAGUUGGAGACAUCGUUGAAGAAGUGUUGUGGCGAUGUUACCAAACAUGUUGGGAGCCUUGCAGCUGCUGCUGAGAAAGAUGCCAAGAAGCAGCGGGAUAAAGAGGCCAAAGAUGCGGCGGCGAACCACAUGGCCGCCGUACAGAAGAAGAUGAAGCAGGCGAAGGCCGAGGGCUCCGAUGCGCCGGCGAUCUUCCGCUUGGAGCAGGGCAAGCUGACGACCAUGAAGGUUGUGAAGGGCAACGCGAUUCCGUCGGAUGCAGACUUGUCUACAAGCUUCGUGCUCCAGGAGUGUUCCCAUGUGAAGACCUGGUCGGACAAUGCGGUGUGCCUCCAAGUCCUCACGAACUUCGGUGCACGAUACAAGAAGGCGAAUGGUUACGAGCAAGCAGGCAAGGUGACCCAGCCUUUCCAGCAGCGGGGCGGCAACGAGGCCACGGAGAAGUUCUUUGGCGACGUGCUGGCACCGGUGAAAGCCUCCAUUGUGGAUAUCAGUGAAUUCGCUCAGAACUGGAUGACGACAAGCUGGAUGUUCGGCCUGCAGCCGAAGAGGAUCAUGGCUGGUCUCCCGCCAAACUGUGCUGCUUGCCUGCGUGUGUUGGUCUACGGCGAGAUCGAGAUCUACACUUUCUCCACAUUGUCGUUCUUGGCUGCACUGAAGGAGAAGGGCAUCACCGUGCCUAGCAGCACUGCUGAGCUGGAGCAGGCCGUGCUUGACACCACGGUCGAGCAAUGGGACCUCUUGCAGGGCAAGCUCAAGCCGACGUACCAUCUCCUCAAGAAGGACGAGGUGUUGUUUACGCCGGUGGGCCACAUGGUUGUCGAGAAGACAUCCGCAAGUACGAUGAUCUACGGAGCGAGAAAGUCCGUACUUUUCAAGGGCAUCGAAGCUAUCACGGAGUAUGCGCAAUGCGUGGCACUCGCGCAGAAGGACGGGAAAAACACCGAAAAGAUGGUUCAAGUCCAAGAUGCUUUGAAGGCUGCUACCGGUUCCGAUCAGAAGCAGUCGCAGUAG